AUAUCAACUAGCGAAGGAAAAUCAGCAUCGAUGGCGUCCAAGCGCAAGGAGAUUUACAAGUACACAGCUCCUUGGACGGUCUACAGCAUGAAUUGGAGCAUCCGACCGGACAAACGCUUUCGUCUCGCGCUCGGCAGCUUCGUCGAAGACUACAACAACAAGGUUCAGAUUGUUUCUCUCGACGAAGAGAAGGCGGAUUUCACGACUUGCGCGACGUUUGAGCAUCCGUAUCCGACCACCAAGUUGAUAUGGAUUCCGGACAGUAAGGGUGUGUUGCCCGAUUUGUUGGCAUCGGCGGGCGAUUAUCUUCGCAUCUGGAGGAUCGGAGAGUCGGAAACGAAACUAGAGACUCUUCUUAACAAUAACAAAAGUUCAGACUACUGUGCACCGUUGACGUCAUUUGAUUGGAAUGAAGUUGAUCCAAAUCUUUUGGGAACAUCCAGCAUUGACACAACAUGCACAAUAUGGGGACUGGAAACUGGGCAGGUUGUAGGUCGUACGAAUGUUAUUUCUGGUCAUGUAAAGUCUCAAUUAAUUGCUCAUGACAAGGAGGUCUAUGACAUCGCUUUCAGUAGAGCUGGUGGCGGCCGUGACUUAUUCGCAUCCGUCGGUGCCGACGGAUCAGUUAGAAUGUUUGACUUAAGACAUUUGGAGCACUCGACAAUCAUUUACGAAGAUCCACAUCAUCGCGCUUUGCUGAGGUUGGCAUGGAACAAACAGGAUCCAAAUUAUUUGUCCACGUUUGCGAUGGAUGCGUGUGAUGUAAUUAUUCUAGAUGUUCGUGUUCCCUGUAUGCCCGUCGCUCAACUCAACAACCAUCGAGCUCCGGUCAACAGCAUUGCAUGGGCACCACACUCUUCAUGUCACGUCUGCACAGCAGCCGAUGAUCAUCAAGCGUUGAUUUGGGACAUUCAGCAGAUGCCUCGUCCCAUCGAAGAUCCAAUACUGGCCUACACAGCGGAGAGCGAAAUCAAUCAGAUUCAGUGGGCAUCCACGCAGCCAGACUGGAUUGCAAUCUGUUACCAUAAGAACCUAGAGAUCUUACGCGUGUAGCAAUCGUUCCUAUUCUCAUUUGUAUUCUCCAUGUUUUUAAUUGUAUGUGAAUCACACUUGCAGAUAACGAGGAGGUAUAGGGUCGUAGCUUGUUGUAGAACAUUGCAUUCACCACCACAACACACAUAAGUGUGUGUACAUUCGUAGAGUGUGUAGAAACAGCUCAGAAUGCGUGCAUACUUUGUAUUGUGUGUACGUUGAUAAGUAAGUCAAAUAAAUCAAUGAAAUGAUGUAGUUGAUCUGUUGGUCGUCGGGUGUUCCUGUAUAAACCCCAACAACAGUUGCUAAUGAGAGACAAUGAUAAAAAUAUGUGGGCCUCCUGAAGUCGAAUGUAGAGAGUUACUCUUAGAGUUUACUCAGCGUAGGCAUGCAAACCAUGUGGGUCAAGGUGGUCAUGGUCUUCGUAGUAUGUUCACUGCAUUACUUCCGAUUGUUAUAUAAUAGUGUUUGCAUGGCUCCUAACCUCUCUACAUCUAUGUCAGGGGUUGCAUAUUAGGUCUGCGACUCUUGCAGCCUUUUUAUUUUUGAAUUUCUGGAUUUUUUAUUUUUUGUUAGCGAUCCUUAUUUUGCAAGCAAAAUUUGAAUUUGCAAGCCAAUUUUUAUUAUUUAUUUGUAAUGUCGACAGAGCUGGAGGGAUGAGGGGCAGCAUGCAUGCUUUCCAACUCUGAGCACAACCUUUAAUUUUG